AUGGGAUCCGGUGUUUUCACCUUAGUAUGGCCGAUAGCAAAAUAUAUGACUUUAAAUGCCUACAUAUAUAAAAAAUAAAUUUUUUCCAAUAUAUUUUAAAAUUUAGUUUUAUUUAAUUCUACUAUAAAAGUUACCUAUUUAAGGAUUAUCAAGAAAGAAAAAAAAAGGCUGUCGACACUGGGACUUCCCAAGCGGUCCCCCACCUUAGUACUAACCCAGCCUUAAGGCGCUUAACUUCGGAGUUCGAAUGGGAUCCGGUGUUUUCACCUUAGUAUGGCCGACAACAAAAUUAACCUUAAAGAAUGUUGUCGACACUGGGACUUCCCAAGCGGUCCCCCACCUUAGUACUAACCCAGCCUUAAGGCGCUUAACUUCGGAGUUCGAAUGGGAUCCGGUGUUUUCACCUUAGUAUGGCCGACAACAAAAUUUAUGGCAAAAGCAAUUAAUUCUAAAGUAAAAAAAGGUUGUCGACACUGGGACUUCCCAAGCGGUCCCCCACCUUAGUACUAACCCAGCCUUAAGGCGCUUAACUUCGGAGUUCGAAUGGGAUCCGGUGUUUUCACCUUAGUAUGGCCGACAACAAAAUUAACCUUAAUGAAUGUUGUCGACACUGGGACUUCCCAAGCGGUCCCCCACCUUAGUACUAACCCAGCCUUAAGGCGCUUAACUUCGGAGUUCGAAUGGGAUCCGGUGUUUUCACCUUAGUAUGGCCGACAACAAAAGUUGUCGACACUGGGACUUCCCAAGCGGUCCCCCACCUUAGUACUAACCCAGCCUUAAGGCGCUUAACUUCAGAGUUCGAAUGGGAUCCGGUGUUUUCACCUUAGUAUGGCCGACAACAAAACUUAAUUCUUUAAAUAUGAAGGCUUAAUUUUGGUUAAAUUUAAUAUAUUCUAUAAAAUUUGA